AUGCGCCUGCGCAACCAGUUCAUCUGGCUCGUUGCCGCGGGCGGCGCCGUCGUCGGCGUCCGAUGGCUGCUGGAGCGGCCGGUGCGCUGCGGCGCGAGCGCGCUCGUGCCGGAGGCUGCUCUGGAGGCUGCUCUGGAGGCUGCGCCGCUGCCCGCCGCGCCUCCGGCCGCAGCAGCGCCGCCCGCGACGCCGCGCCGCCGCCGCGCGGGCAUCCUCUACCUGCGCAUCACGAGCGCCACGGAGGCGACGCGGGCCGGCACGUCGCCCUGGCCCCAGUGGCUGCCGGCCGUCGAGGCGUCGGCCGCGGCGAACGCGGACGAGGUGGCCUACUACUUCGCGGGCCCGGCGACGAACUUCUCCUGCCCGAACUGCGUCUCCAUCCCGACGGACCUCGACGCGCUCCUCGGCCGCGUCGAGGCGCACCUCGGCGUCGACCGGGCCAAAGUGUCGGUGAAAUCCCUCAAGCACAAGAUCUGCGACCUCAAGCCCAUGUGGCCCACGCUGUUCCCCGAGGUCGCGGCGGCCCACGAGUUCGUCGGCUACGCGGACCUCGACGUCAUCUUCGGCGACCUCGCGGCGGAGGUCCGCGCGCUCCGGGACGGCGACGAUCUGUUGGUCCCGAGCUCGUGGUACCCGGCGCCGCUCGCGAACGGCAACUUCCUGCUCUUCCGGUCCGAGCGGCGCGUCCUGGACAUCUUCCGGCGCCACGCGGGCUGGCGGGAGGCGCUCACGACGCCGGGCUACGACGUCUACGACGAGUGGCACGGGAAGGCGCCCGAGCGGACGUUCAUGCACGCGCUCCUCGAGGAGCACCUCAACGGGCGGCUCCGGCCGCGGCCGACGGCGCGCCUCUUCCUCCAGGACGUCGUCGGCCCGCGGAACCUCUGGGACCGGCCCGCGAGCGUCCGCGUGCGCUGGGAGCGCGGCGCGCUGACCGCGGCGUACGACGGGCCGUGCGUCUGCGCCAAGGACAUGGUCCCCCAGUUCUCCAUCGCCCAGUGCGCCCAGUGCGUGCGGCGGCCCGGGGAGAAGCUCGAAGACGUCGUCGUGACGCGCGAGCUCGAGGUGCUGGCCUACCACAUGCUCUCCGCGAAGUUCCACGUCCGCGACGUCGAGCCGCGGCUCGCGAACUGCUCCCGCUUCGACCUCACGAAGGCCGACGACAGCCUCAAGCACACGUUCGCCUGCCGAUGA